UAUAGAAUAGAGAGAGAGUGAUAUGCAUGAUUAUAUUUUUCAAUAAUUUGAAAGUUUAUUUUAUUCACUACAACACAUUACCAUGGACGCUGACCUUUACGAUGAAUUUGGUAAUUACAUUGGACCGGACUUAGCAUCAGAGAGCGAAGAUGAAACAGAAUAUGGAAAUGUUGGAGAUGAUGCAGAAGAUAGGGAGCGUUCUGAUGAGGAGAUGGAAGAUGACAAAGAUGAAUCUAGAGAUAAUGCGGAGCAAGGUUUAUCUACAGCUGUUGUUUUACACGAAGAUAAAAGAUAUUAUCCUAGUGCGCUAGAAGUAUAUGGUCCAGAGGUUGAAACUCUCGUACAAGAAGAAGAUGCGCAACCAUUAGAUAAACCUUUGAUAGAACCUACUAGGAAACCUAAAUUUCAAAUAAAACAACAACAACUUCCAGAGACAACUUAUAGCAUUGAAUUCUUAGCUGACAUGAUGGAUGCUCCUCAUUUAAUUAGAAACGUCGUAUUACUUGGACAUUUGCAUCAUGGAAAAACUACUUUAGUUGACUGUCUUAUACGACAAACGCAUCCUCAUAUACACAGUGUAACCGAUGAAAAACCUUUGAGGUAUACGGAUACUUUGUUUACUGAGCAGCAACGUGGAGUAUCUACAAAAGCAACACCUGUGACUCUGCUGUUACAAGAUGUUAAAUCAAAAUCAUAUUUGUUAAAUGUAUUUGAUACUCCAGGUCAUGUGAAUUUUUCGGAUGAAGCAACAGCGGCUAUUCGUUUGUCAGAUGGUGCAAUACUUAUCGUUGAUGCAGCAGAAGGUGUAAUGCUUAACACGGAACGUUUAUUAAAGCAUGCAUUACAAGAAAAAUUAGCGCUAACUGUAUGCAUCAACAAAAUAGAUCGUCUUGUUCUGGAAUUAAAAUUACCACCUUUAGAUGCAUAUUAUAAAUUACGACAUAUCAUUGAAGAAAUCAAUGGUUUAAUCGCAUUAUAUUCAGAUAGCGAAAAUACAGCCUUCGUUUCACCAGCUAUCGGAAAUGUGUGUUUCGCAAGUUCCGAAUAUAACGUCUGUUUUACUCUUAAAUCUUUUGCUGCCCUUUAUGCCAAAAGUUACCCAUCACUUAACACAAAUGAAUUCUCAAAAAGAUUAUGGGGAGAUAUAUACUUUAAUUCGAAAACACGAAAGUUUACUAAGAAACCCCCACAUAAUACAGCGCAACGUAGUUUUAUCGAAUUUAUAUUGGAACCGCUUUAUAAAAUAUUUGCACAAGUUGUUGGGGAUGUGGAUACAACUUUACCUUAUGUGCUCAGCGAAUUAGGAAUUAGAUUGACGUCGGAAGAAAUGAAAAUGAAUAUUAGGCCACUAUUGCGUUUGGUGUGCACACGUUUUUUGGGAGACAUGUGUGGUUUAGUCGACAUGUGUGUUAUGCACGUUCCAAGUCCACAAGCACAUGCACCAAUAAAAGUUCAGCACGUUUACACAGGUCCUAUAGACUCUCCUCUUGCACAGGAUAUGGUUAAUUGUGACCCUGAGGGAAGAUUAAUGAUUCACAGUACAAAAAUGUAUCCAACAGAAGACUGUACAUUAUUCGUUGUCUUAGGGAGAGUAAUGUCAGGAACGCUUGAAGCAGGUCAACGUGUACGCGUUUUAGGAGAAGCAUAUUCACGAACAGAUGAAGAAGAUUCACGAGUGUUAACUGUCGGUCGACUAUGGAUCAGUGAAGCACGUUAUUCAAUCGAAUUGAGUCGUGUACCUGCAGGAAAUUGGGUACUCAUAGAAGGAAUUGACAGGCCGAUAGUAAAAACCAGUACAAUUACCGACCUCAACAAUACAGACGAUCUACAUAUCUUCCGUCCGUUAAAAUUUAAUACCCAAAGUGUUAUUAAAAUAGCUGUUGAACCAGUCAAUCCAUCGGAACUUCCAAAAAUGUUGGACGGUUUAAGAAAAGUGAACAAAAGUUAUCCGCUAUUAGGAACACGCGUGGAAGAAAGCGGAGAACACGUUGUAUUGGGAACUGGUGAAUUAUAUUUGGAUUGUGCUAUGCACGAUUUGCGCCGGAUGUAUUCUGAGAUAGAUAUCAAAGUUGCUGAUCCGGUUGUUGCAUUUGCUGAAACAGUAGUUGAAACCAGUUCGCUCAAAUGUUUCGCGGAAACUCCGAACAAGAGAAAUAAACUGACGAUGAUCGCUGAACCACUUGAAAGAGGUCUUGCGGAAGAUAUCGAAGCUGAACACGUCAAAAUUACUUGGAACAAAAAAAAAUUGGGAGAAUUUUUCCAAACGAAAUACGAUUGGGAUUUGUUAGCCGCGCGAAGUAUAUGGGCCUUUGGACCAGAUGCAACAGGUCCUAAUAUUUUGGUAGACGAUACUUUACCAUCCGAAGUGGACAAGAGUUUGUUGAGCAGUGCUCGUGAUGCUAUUAUUCAAGGAUUUCAAUGGGGUACACGUGAAGGACCACUUUGCGAAGAGCCCAUUCGAAACGUCAAAUUUAAAAUAUUAGAUGCUGUAAUAGCUCAAGAACCAUUGCAUCGAGGAGGUGGUCAAAUUAUUCCAACCGCUAGGAGAGUCGCGUAUUCGGCUUUUUUGAUGGCAACACCAAGAUUAAUGGAACCUUAUUUCUUUGUCGAAGUUCAAGCACCUGCCGAUUGCGUGUCCGCCGUUUAUACUGUUCUAGCAAAACGUCGAGGUCACGUUACUCAAGAUGCUCCUGUUCCAGGAAGUCCAUUGUAUACAAUUAAAGCUUUUAUUCCUGCAAUCGAUAGUUUUGGUUUUGAAACAGAUUUGCGAACGCAUACUCAAGGCCAAGCAUUCUGUUUGUCCGUUUUUCAUCACUGGCAAAUUGUACCGGGUGAUCCUCUGGAUAAAACUAUUACCAUUAGACCAUUAGAACCACAACCUGCUACACAUUUAGCUAGAGAAUUCAUGUUAAAGACACGUAGACGUAAAGGUCUCUCCGAAGAUGUUUCUAUCAAUAAAUUCUUCGACGAUCCUAUGUUGUUGGAAUUAGCCCGACAAGACGUAUUAUUAAAUUAUCCGUUAUAAUUUAUGAUUAAAACUAGGUUUAUCAUCAUUUGUACAAAUUGAUACAAUUAAAGAAAAUAAAAUAAUACUUUUCCACAUCCGA